GCCGUUGGUUAGUCAGUCAUCAUCAGUGCUUUUUAGAGCUACGUAGAGAACAGACGGCCUUCCCAAACACACACACCACACACACAAGCGCGCACACACACGCACAGAGGCGGCAAAAUAGAAAAGGGAAAAACAAAGGCGGCAACAAGAACAACAAAGGUGACGAUUCAAAAGCGGCGAAUUUUGAGCGCCAAAACCCGAAAGAUAUACCGCAAAGAGCACAUAGGUUUUUUUUUCAGUGCUUCAGUGUUUAUAAUUAUAGCUUUUCUGUACAAUUUUGAGAGUGUGUGUGUGUGAGCGUGUAAUCAAAUACAAAUCAGUAAAAUAACAAAAAUCUUGACGUAAUCGCUGAAAUGCAAAGCAAACGACACGAAAACGAGCAACAAUAACAAAAAGCCAUUUGAAUUCCUUCUGUGACGGUUUUCGGUUUUUAAUUUUUGCAGCUUACGGUCAACGAAAAGAGACGGAGCGCAAACACACUCGCGAGUGGUGUUGUAGUUAUUGUACUCACUCUUUUUUUUUGUCGUGUAGUGCCUAUGUUUGCCGUUAUGCAAAGAUUUCAUUGUUAUUAGUCAGCAAACGUCAACAGGCAGCAACAACAAAGCAACAACCAAAACGGAAACGUCUUCAAGCUGGCCAAAUUGAAGCGGAAACGGUAGCCAAACUGAAGCACUUGUCGGAGAGCGUCUCGGUGCUGCUGAAGAUCGCCAGGAUCGGCAACAUGGACAACAGCAUCGUCGAGGAGAACGGCAACUCGUCGGCGGCAUCGGGCUCCAAUGACGUGGUCGAUGUCGUUGCCCAACAGGCGGCGGCAGCGGUGGGCGGCGGCGGUGGAGGAGGAGGAGGCGGCGGCGGUGGUAACCCCCAGCAGCAGCAACAGAACCCACAAAGUACAACGGCCGGCGGUCCAACGGGUGCGACGAACAACGCCCAGGGAGGCGGAGUGUCCUCCGUGCUGACCACCACCGCCAACUGCAACAUACAAUACCCCAUCCAGACGCUGGCGCAGCACGGACUGCAGGUGCAGUCCGUGAUACAGGCCAAUCCCUCGGGAGUCAUACAGACAGCAGCUGGAACCCAGCAGCAGCAACAGGCGCUGGCCGCCGCCACAGCGAUGCAGAAGGUGGUCUACGUGGCCAAGCCGCCGAACUCGACGGUCAUCCACACGACGCCUGGCAAUGCAGUGCAAAUCCCUCCAACCUUUCCGUGUAAGAUCAAGCCCGAACCGAACACGCAGCACCCGGAGGACAGCGACGAGAGUCUGUCGGACGACGAUUCCCAGCACCACCGCAGCGAGCUGACGCGACGGCCGUCGUACAAUAAGAUCUUCACCGAGAUCAGCGGUCCGGACAUGAGCGGCGCAUCGCUUCCCAUGUCCGACGGCGUGCUCAAUUCCCAGCUGGCGGGGACCGGAGCGGGGGGCAAUGCGGCGAACAGCUCCCUGAUGCAAUUGGAUCCCACGUACUACCUGUCCAAUCGGAUGUCCUACAACACCAACAACAGCGGGAUAGCGGAGGAUCAGACCCGUAAGCGCGAGAUCCGGCUGCAGAAGAACAGGGAGGCGGCGCGUGAGUGCCGGCGCAAGAAGAAGGAGUACAUCAAGUGCCUGGAGAAUCGAGUGGCGGUGCUAGAGAACCAAAACAAAGCGCUCAUCGAGGAGCUGAAGUCGCUCAAGGAGCUCUACUGUCAGACCAAGAACGAUUGAAUGUGGGCGGGGCUCUGGCGCCGCCUGCGCCUCCGCCUCCAGUUACGGCUACGGUUACGGCUACGGCAACGGUUACGGUUACGGUUACGGCGAUCACUGCGCUUCGCUCCGCUCUGUUCUAUUCCGUUCUGUUCUGGACAACAAUGGUGGAUCGAUCCUUGCCGCUGGCCGGUCGCAUAUCAUGAUUUCUAUACGCAUGGGAUGCUGCAUGUGGUAGCGUGUACAUUAACUGUGGGGAUCGUGUUGUUGUUGUUGUUGGGAUGCAGACGGGCCGAACCGGACCAAACCUAAUCGAACCGAACCGGAUGGAAGGGACAGAGGGUCUAUCUGCCGGACACACAAUGUAAUUAUGUUUGUAAUUUAAAGAUGUAAUAUUAUGUUUACGAUUUAGUUUAUGCCCUAGUUUACUCGCUAACUUAACGAUACUGCAGUUUACCUACGAACAUGUGUUUCCGUAACCUAAGACCUUUCACCACACCCCCCCGCAUGCACACCUUACCUUACCUUACCUUACCUAUUGUAAUUAAAUUUUUUGUUUUACCUAAUUCGUAAUCGAUGCAGCAGAACGUGCGUGUCUAGCGAAAGUGUUUUUUCUUAGCGAAUUGUUGUUGUGUGCCCAUAUGUCAGGAUAUAGUCAACCAGCAGGUUGCCCAAUCCACCAGAGUCCUUUCUAGAUGGGUUUUCUGGGCCUACCAAAUUAAAAUUGUUCAAAAGUCGCUAGUUUCACUUGAUUUACAUAUGCGUGUGCGUGUAGUAUGUAUAUAUGCGUGUGUGCCGGCCAAUGUGUAUCUGUAGAAUUAGUCUUAAAUCGAAUGGAUGAAUUGAUUGUCUGGGAUUUGGGCAUGGAGUUAAAUAUUCAAACACUUUGUUACGUAAUUUUAAACGAACCCUCUCCGCUCCCAAAGAACCUGGUUAAGCAGACAAUUCUGCACGCUACCGUGAAUCCAGUUCGGAAUCGAAAGGGAACGAUCUUGGCCGGAACACACGCGUGGCUACAGAUUUAUAUAUCUAUAUCUAUAUAUCUAUUUAUAUAUAUAUAUAUAUAUAUAUAUAGAUGGCAAACACUCUCGUUAUCUCUUGUGAUCGACUCAGUUGUUGUUAUGAAAUGGUAGAAAAGAGACGAAGGGACGGACAAAUACGAUAAAUUAAUGAUGAAUUCGGGUACAGAGAUCGAACUUUUUUAUCUAGCAUAGCGCAACGGAAACAAUGUCGAAAUGAAGCACCGGAAACGGAAAUGAAACCAUAAGAAAACCCUGUAUUGUAUAUCGCUCUAUUUUUGAUGUCCGAAUCCAAAUUUCCGAGAAAAAAAAAUGGAAAGCAGAGUAAACAAAAAGAAAUCUAAAAAAAACCGAAACACAAGCAAAAACAAAAACGAAGGGCGAAGUUUGGAGGAGAUCAGCUUUUUUUGGCCAAGUCAGAGAAGGGGGAACGCUGAAAAAAGGGCAAAUGAAACCAACAAAAGUUGCAUUCAACAAAGUAAAUAAAAAUAUUUUUAUUGUCAUUGCAUAUUUCUUAAGCUAGUACUUUUAAUAACUAAAUCGUAAGCGCGGAAAAACAAAGUAAAUGAAAACACAAACGAUAGGCCACAGCCCAAUACAAAAAAGGAUUCAUAAUAAAUCGCGUGCCGAAACUAAAAGGAUGGCAAAUACAAACGCAGGCGAAAAAUCUGUAGAAAUUACAAUAUUGUUAUAAAUAUUUGUCUCAAUGAGAAAACAAACAAACGAAAACAACCAACCAACAAACAAACAAAAGCAAAACAAAACCAACAACAAAGAAAAAUAUACAUUAAAAAAUCAAUAAAAAAUAUUUGAAC